AUGGCACAACCCAAGGAGACACCUUCCAAGAUGGCAGCUAGUGCGCUGUCGGACCUAGAACUAAAAGACGCGCAGGCCAACUUGACUGGGAAACUGGACACUGUAAAUGAGACUACCACGCAAGAAACCCCGGGGCUCAGUAAGGCGGCCGAGGAGCACCGCAGAUUCAUGAAGUUGCACCAAGUGCACAGACACAAGCUCAAAGAACUGGAAAAGGACGAGCCUUUGCUGGUAGAGAACAAACGUCGGUUCGUGUUGUUCCCGAUCAAAUAUCACGAGAUCUGGCAGGCGUACAAGCGGGCAGAGGCGUCGUUCUGGACGGCAGAGGAGAUCGAUUUGUCCAAGGACUUGCACGACUGGAACAACCGUAUGAACGAGAACGAGCGGUUCUUCCUUUCACGUGUGCUUGCGUUUUUCGCUGCUUCGGACGGUAUUGUGAACGAAAAUCUCGUGGAAAACUUCUCCGCAGAAGUGCAAAUUCCAGAGGCCAAAUGUUUCUACGGGUUCCAGAUCAUGAUGGAGAACAUCCACUCCGAAACGUACUCGUUGCUCAUCGAUACCUACAUCAAGGACCCUAAGGAGAACGAAUUUUUGUUCAAUGCGAUUGAGAACAUCCCCCAGAUAAAAGAGAAGGCCGAAUGGGCGAUCAGAUGGAUUCAGGACGACGAAGCGUUGUUCGCGGAACGGCUCGUAGCGUUCGCCGCUGUCGAAGGUGUGUUUUUCUCAGGUUCGUUUGCGGCCAUUUUCUGGUUGAAAAAGAAGGGUCUUAUGCCCGGACUCACGUUCUCGAACGAGCUUAUUUGCAGAGACGAAGGUUUGCACACAGACUUCGCGUGCUUGUUGUUUGCGCACUUGAAAAACAAGCCAGAUCCCAAGAUCGUCGAACGAAUCAUCACGGAGGCUGUCGAGAUCGAAAAAAGAUACUUCAUCGACGCGCUGCCGGUCUCGUUACUCGGUAUGAACGCAGACCUCAUGAACCAGUAUGUGGAAUUUGUCGCUGACAGAUUGCUCGUGGCGCUCGGAAGCCAAAAGGUUUUCAACGUGACCAAUCCUUUCGACUUUAUGGAAAACAUCUCUCUUGCCGGCAAGACCAACUUUUUCGAGAAAAGAGUCUCCGACUACCAGAAGGCCGGCGUCAUGGCCAAAUCCUCCGGAACGGAAGCUGAAGCCGGUGCCUUCACUUUCGACGAGGACUUUUAA